UCCCCCGCCAUCGACGACAGUCCGCGCGUAUCGAGCUGUAGGUGAGGUUCUUGUGUAUCAGUUGUUUUCAAAGUUCCAAACACUUCCUCACAACAUGGGUCUCAGUGAUUUCUUCGGCAUCAAGUACAAGCUCGACAAGAGCGAGAAGUUCGACGAGUUCAUGAAAGCCCUUGGGGUGAGCAUGCUGACCAGGAAGAUGGGCAACGCCGUUUCUCCGGUAGUAGAGCUGACCGAAAACGAAGGAGAAUACACCCUCAGUUCCAGUUCCACCUUCAAGAACUCCGUCAUCAAGUUCAAGCUUGGCCAGGAGUUCGACGAGGACACGCCCGACGGUAGGAAGGUAAAGUCCAUCAUCACCCAGGAGGGUGAUAACAAACUCAUCCAUCUCCAGAAAGGUGACAAGGAUUCCAAGAUCAUCCGGGAGUUCACCAAAGACCAGGUCGUCAUGACUCUAUCUGUGGACGAUAUCGUCUGCACUAGGACCUAUAAGGCUUUAUCUUAGUCGUUUAAUUCCUUCCUAUUACUAUUUGUUCUCUUACAAUUUACAUUGUAAUUUAAUAUUUUUAAUAUACGUAUUGUGUUAAAAAAAAAAAAAAAAAAAGAAGAAAGAAUUAUCUUGAAAAUUAAGCUUCAUCUCAUUUUGCACAACAUGAUAAAAGGAUAUUUCGAUCAUUUUCCGAGAAUAAUAAUUUUUUGGUUUUUCGAGAUGUAUGUUUUCUGACGGAUUCGAAUAUAUUAUUUAUCAUACUUUAUUAUAAGUAAUGGUACAUUACCUCACUUUUAGUGUAAUAGUGAAGAAAAAAACAUAUAAAAUCUAUUCAUCCAACAAUAUUACUGUCUCAAUAAUGCCUCGUUCUUCAUUACACACAAUUCCAUAACUUUGGUUCACUAUCUUCGAAAUAAAUACAUAUAAAAAUAAAGCUAUACACCGAAAAAAAAAUUAAAAUGAAUAACCUAAGAAAAGGUAUAAAUCAAAAAUUAACAUUUAUAUAAUUUUUACUAUUUCUCUUUUCUUAUUUUGUAGCAUAAAGUCUUUAUCUGAGCGAUCAUUUCAUAUCAUUAUCCAGUUUUGGUUUAUUUAUUGAUUUGGUUAUAUUCUGGGUGCCGUUUGAAAUUUCACAGGUUAGAGGCACCUUAUUGGAUAUAUUUCAUUUCAAUGUGUAUAAUGAUUGUGCUAUUUUAGAUUUGUUUACGUUAAGAUACUCUAUAAAGAUUGUGUUGUUACAGAUGAAUGGGUUAGUUCUGAUUUACGUUGUGUGUACGGGUUUAAAGAUCGAGUAUUAAAAUAAUCCUUAGAACAUAUUUCUAAAAAUUAUACGUGAGGUAGGAAUUUUCUUAAAAAUUACUCAAAAAAGAAAACUUAAUGAAUAUUAAAAGAUAAUAUGUACUUUUAAAUAGAAUAUGAAAACAGCACUGAUAUAGGAUAACUCUCAGCCGUAAAUCGUUCAACUCGCUUAGAGCUAGAAGUUUUAUUUUAGUCCUAAACGUCAGUGCAACAGCUGGCCCGUCAGCUUCAAGGUGUCUCUUAAAAAUUAGGGGCAAUUUUCCAAUCUCAAAACCAAUUAAUACCUUUUUCAUACUUAUUUGUAUAGCCUAGGUUAAACUUAUCUUAGUUAAAUGUUUAUAAAAUAUUCAUGAAGAAUUACGUAUACAUAUAUAUAUUUUUUUCAAUCGAUAUUAUGUAUAUAUAAUAUUGACUCAAAAAAUGAAUUAUGUUGAUAAAAUUUUUAAAAUUCUUUUUUAGAUUUCAAAAAUGUGCAUCUAUUCUCAAAAAUGUUUAUUAGUUCUGCAUACAUAUUCAAAUAAGUGCCAUCUAUACUUAUAGCAAAUAGCAAACAUACAUUUACGAAUUUUAAUAUUUUUUUAUUAUGUAAUACA